AUGGCAGAUCAUUCGAGCAGCUCAUCUUCGCUGCAGAAGAAGCCAAUUAAUACUAUCGAGCAUAAAGACACUUUGGGCAAUGAUCGGGAUCACAAGGAAGCCUUGAACAGUGAUAAUGAUAAUACUUCUGGAUUGAAAAUCAAUGGUGUCCCCAUCGAGGACGCUAGAGAGGAAGUGCUCUUACCAGGUUACUUGUCGAAGCAAUAUUACAAAUUGUACGGUUUAUGUUUUAUAACAUAUCUGUGUGCUACUAUGCAAGGUUAUGAUGGGGCUUUAAUGGGUUCUAUCUAUACCGAAGAUGCAUAUUUGAAAUACUACCAUUUGGAUAUUAACUCAUCCUCUGGUACUGGUCUAGUGUUCUCUAUUUUCAACGUUGGUCAAAUUUGCGGUGCAUUCUUUGUUCCUCUUAUGGAUUGGAAAGGUAGAAAACCUGCUAUUUUAAUUGGGUGUCUGGGUGUUGUUAUUGGUGCUAUUAUUUCGUCUUUAACAACAACAAAGAGUGCAUUAAUUGGUGGUAGAUGGUUCGUGGCCUUUUUCGCUACAAUCGCUAAUGCAGCAGCUCCAACAUACUGUGCAGAAGUGGCUCCAGCUCACUUAAGAGGUAAGGUUGCAGGUCUUUAUAACACCCUUUGGUCUGUCGGUUCCAUUGUUGCUGCCUUUAGCACUUACGGUACCAACAAAAACUUCCCUAACUCCUCCAAGGCUUUUAAGAUUCCAUUAUACUUACAAAUGAUGUUCCCAGGUCUUGUGUGUAUAUUUGGUUGGUUAAUCCCAGAAUCUCCAAGAUGGUUGGUUGGUGUUGGCCGUGAGGAAGAAGCUCGUGAAUUCAUUAUCAAAUACCACUUAAAUGGCGAUAGAACUCAUCCAUUAUUGGAUAUGGAGAUGGCAGAAAUAAUAGAAUCUUUCCAUGGUACAGAUUUAUCAAACCCUCUAGAAAUGUUAGAUGUAAGGAGCUUAUUCAGAACGAGAUCGGAUAGGUACAGAGCAAUGUUGGUUAUACUUAUGGCUUGGUUCGGUCAAUUUUCCGGUAACAAUGUGUGUUCGUACUAUUUGCCUACCAUGUUGAGAAAUGUUGGUAUGAAGAGUGUCUCAUUGAAUGUGUUAAUGAAUGGUGUUUAUUCCAUCGUCACUUGGAUUUCUUCAAUUUGCGGUGCAUUCUUUAUUGAUAAGAUUGGUAGAAGGGAAGGUUUCCUUGGUUCUAUCUCAGGUGCUGCAUUAGCAUUGACAGGUCUAUCUAUCUGUACUGCUCGUUAUGAGAAGACUAAGAAGAAGAGUGCUUCCAAUGGUGCAUUGGUGUUCAUUUAUCUCUUUGGUGGUAUCUUUUCUUUUGCUUUCACUCCAAUGCAAUCCAUGUACUCAACAGAAGUGUCUACAAACUUGACGAGAUCUAAGGCCCAACUCCUCAACUUUGUGGUUUCUGGUGUUGCCCAAUUUGUUAAUCAAUUUGCUACUCCAAAGGCAAUGAAGAAUAUCAAAUAUUGGUUCUAUGUGUUCUACGUUUUCUUCGAUAUUUUCGAAUUUAUUGUUAUCUACUUCUUCUUCGUUGAAACUAAGGGUAGAAGCUUAGAAGAAUUAGAAGUUGUCUUUGAAGCUCCAAACCCAAGAAAGGCAUCCGUUGAUCAAGCAUUCUUGGCUCAAGUCAGGGCAACUUUGGUCCAACGAAAUGACGUUAGAGUUGCAAAUGCUCAAAAUUUGAAAGAGCAAGAGCCUCUAAAGAGCGAUGCUGAUCAUGUCGAAAAGCUUUCAGAGGCAGAAUCUGUUUAA